CAGAGUUGCUAAUGACAUGAUCAAUGCCAUUGUAGACUUCACAUCGAAACAUUCUACCCCAUCAUUAAAAGAAGUUAAAGUUGUCAUCCUUGUAUCUGAGCUGCUAAAUGUAUUUCAUGACACCAUGAAGAAAAGGCAAAUCACCAUGUCACCUCCCUUUCAGCCCGUAUUCUCCAAGCCUGCCCUUAUAGGACUUUACAGACAAUCUAUAAUACUUGGGAAAAGUGCAAGAACUAAGCAACACAAUCUCCUGUCAACUGAUCGUUUUUCUGCGGGACAAAAUCAUGUCCAGGAAACAGGAAUAACAAAUGAACAGGAAGAAGACAGAAGAGAUAAUAUUCCUAAAUACUGGACUGACAUGAAUCAGCAGCAGACCUGUGUAAUCAUGCACCCCGGACAGGCAGAAUACAACACUGUAAAGAACAAGUUUUCGCAGACUUGUCUUUCCUACAGAGUAGAGAAGAUUGAGAGGAUACAGAAUGCAUUUCUAUGGCAGAGCUACCAGAUAAGGAAAAAUCACAUGGACAUCAAGAAUGGCCGUGCAGAUAAUGAGAGAAUCCUCUUCCAUGGGACAGAUGCAAACUCAGUGCCACAUGUCAAUCAUCAUGGCUUUAAUCGCAGUUAUGCUGGGAAGAAUGAUGCAGCAUAUGGAAAAGGAACCUAUUUUGCUGUUGAUGCCAGUUAUUCUGCUAAUGAUAUAUACUCCAGACCAGACAGCAAUGGGAGGAAGCAUGUUUAUGUUGUACGAGUACUUACAGGAGUCUACACACUUGGACGUGCAGGAUUAAUUACCCCUCCAGCAAAGAACCCUCACAAUUCCACAGAUCUGUUUGACUCUGUCACAAAUAAUAUCCAAUGUCCAAUGCUAUUUGUGGUAUUCUUUGAUAAUCAAGCUUACCCAGAAUAUCUCAUAACUUUCAGAUCUUAA